CGGUCUUGUAUUACUCGCACAUUCAAAAAGCUUCGACAUUAACGACUGUUAGUAUAUAAAUUGCCACAAAUAUCUCAGGUUCAUCAUCUUUCUUCAAGGUCUUGCGUAUAUUUGCUGUUUGAUUUCUGUUUUGUGUUUAAAAUGGGAUCGAAUGGAAUCGGACGUCUGGAAGCUGCACGUUUAGCUGUUUUUAAGCCAUCAGAAAAUCUGGAAGGCAAGAGCGUUAGGAUAAUGGGUUAUGAUUUCAACCAGGGAGUGGACUACUCUCAGCUUCUCAAAUCCAUGGUCUCUACUGGGUUUCAAGCUUCGAAUCUUGGAGACGCUUUUGAUAUAGUUAAUCAGAUGCUAGAGUGGAGGCUUUCUGAUGAGAGUAUAGCAGAAAAGUGCAGUGAGAAAGAGAAGGAUGGUGUUUACAGAGAGUCAGUGACAUGCAAAAUAUUUAUGGGUUUUACGUCCAAUCUUAUUUCUUCUGGUGUUAGAGAAUCCAUUCGGUAUCUUGCUCAGCAUCGCUUGGUUCACGUAAUGGUGACAACAGCUGGUGGCAUAGAAGAAGAUUUAAUAAAAUGUCUGGCACCAACAUAUAAAGGUGAUUUUUCUCUGCCUGGAGUUCAGUUGAGGUCAAAAGGACUGAACCGCAUCGGCAACUUGUUGGCGCCUAAUGAUAACUACUGCAAAUUCGAAGAUUGGAUUCAACCAAUUUUUGACCAGAUGAUGAAGGAACAAAUUCAAGACAAAGUAAUUUGGACGCCAUCCAAGAUUAUUGCUCGCUUAGGAAAAGAAAUCAAUGAUGAAAGUUCAUACCUUUACUGGGCAUACAAGAAUAACAUCCCAGUGUUCUGUCCUGCCAUAACUGAUGGCUCAAUAGGGGAUAUGUUAUACUUUCAUUCCUUUCGCAGCCCCCCGGGUUUGGUCAUUGACAUAAUGCGAGAUAUCAGAGCCAUGAAUGAUGAAGCUGUCUAUGCCAGUCCGAGGAAAACAGGUAUGAUAAUUCUAGGAGGAGGACUGCCUAAACAUCACAUAUGCAACGCAAAUAUGAUGCGCAAUGGUGCAGAUUUUGCUGUCUACAUUAAUACUGCACAAGAAUUUGAUGGGAGUGAUUCUGGUGCCCAUCCUGACGAGGCUGUAUCUUGGGGAAAAAUUGGAGCCAACGCUAAAACUGUUAAAGUGCACUGUGAUGCUACAAUUGCUUUCCCUCUGCUGGUUGCAGAAAUAUUUGCUCAAAGAAAAAACAAAUCUGUCUAGUCCAAAAGUGUCAACUCAGCAUAUUACCCAUCUGGAAUGAUGAAAUGGAUUGUUCAAUUGUGUAUGCUAGGGCUAUGGAACAUUCAAGUCAUUGUUUUGAGUCAUUUAAUUGCUUGAAUUGAUCUACAUCUGGAGAUAAAUGUUUUAAUUCCUUCUGGUGUUUAAGCUGUGACUUUCUAGUUUCUUUAUUCUCAAAGUCAAUUCAUCUCAUUAUGCCAAGAUCUACAUUAUUACUAAAUGGUUUAAAACUGAUUUAGUGGAUUGUACUUGAAGAACACGAAAUAUAAGCAAUAUGGACCUUUUUCGUUC